AUGUCUAUGUACGUGGGUUCCAACGCUCAUGCGCCCACUCCAGUUGUCCCGCACCACCCACAACCUACGGUGCCAGCUGAUUCAAUAGUGGUGAAAAAAGAAAGUUUACUGGCGUUUAUGGUAGAUGUGGUGUACGCUACCGGGGCUACUAAGGGUAAAGACAAGGAGCUAAGCAGGUCUGACAUCAUGAGGGCGGUGGUUGAGGCAGCGGGAAGGUUCUUAGGAACAGGAGCGUGUGACCCUUUAGAACUGCAUAAAUUUAUGACAGACUGUCAAAAGAAGGCUACUAAGCCACAGGAUAAAGAGGUAGAGGGAAUUGUGGUCAAUACAUGGGAGGGAAAUGAUGAUUAA